AUGUCGGGCUCUUCGCCUGAAUUCCUCCGGUUCACCGGCCACCGGUCCUUCACCCGCCGCCUCACCAUUGCGACCCUCACCGGCCGUCCCAUCCACAUCUCCAAGAUCCGAAGCUCCUCACCCACGAACCCGGGCCUCGCCCCCCAUGAGGUCUCCUUCCUGCGCCUCCUCGAGGCCGUCACCAACGGCAGCUCCAUGCAGAUCUCAUACAGCGGAACCACCAUCACAUACCACCCGGGCCUCAUCACAGGCACCAUUGCCGGGCUGGGCGCCGCCGACGGAGACGUCAUUGAGCACAAUAUCCCCGUCACCUGCACCAGGGGCAUCUCCUACUUCCUGCUGCCGCUCUGUCUCCUGGCGCCCUUCUCCAAGGCGCACAUGAACGUGCGCUUCUCCGGCCCCGGCGUCAUCACGUCCUCGACCGAAACGGGCGACGUCUCCGUCGACACCUUCCGCACUGCCAUCCUCCCACUUUUCGGCCUCUUUGGCAUCCCGCCGGCCCGCAUCGAGCUGCGCGUUCUGCAGCGCUCCUGCGCAGGGCCCGGAGGCAAGGGCGGCGGUGGCAUCGUCGAGCUUCGCUUCGCCAGUCAGGUUCGCCUGCCCAAGACGCUGCAUCUGCAUCGCAGCCCCGGCCGAGUCAAGAGGAUACGCGGAGUGGCGUACUGCACCGGUGUCUCAGCCUCCAACAAUGCCCGCAUGAUACAUUCCGCGCGAGAGAUUCUGAACCCCUUCGUCACAGAUAUCCACAUCGCAGCGCAAUACGACCAAGCGCCACUAGUACCUACGGGAGACAAGGCGGGCAGCAAGAGAAGACUGGGCAUAGGCUACGGACUGAGUCUCGUGGCAGAGUCCAACUCCGUGGGAGUGCUGUACUCGGCAGAUGUCGUCGUGCUGCCUUCAGGUGGAGAGGUCCCCGAAGACAUUGGAAAGAGAUGCGCCUAUCAGCUGCUAGAAACAAUUGCGAAGGGAGGCUGCGUAACACCCGUUUCAGCAGGCUCUAUGCUGACUCUGAUGGCCAUGGGCUCUGAAGAUGUUGGCCGACUGAGAAUUGGUAGGGAUAUCCUCGCCUCAGAGGAAAUAAUUGAGCUCGCACGAGACCUAAAGACAUUUGGCGCAAGCAGCUGGGGGUUACGAGACGUUGAUGACGAUGACAGUGGCGACAUCAUCAUCUCUGUCAAGGGUACUGGCGUCGGUAAUGUAGGAAGAAAAGUUGCCUAGACUAGAUUAACUAAUUCAUGGGGAGGAUUUCCCCUUGGCUCCCCUUUGGCGAAAUCACAGCGAAAUAAAAAGGUCUGCAAGGCUUGCUUUUUGGGAUUAAUUGGAUUGUCGUUUCAUGUAUAGAUACUAGUGUAUAUCAAUACAUAUAUAUUCUAGCCGGUUGGACGAGCCAAUGAAGUCUGUAGAGUUGCUCCUCGGCGUCGACCCUGCACACUCGCCAUGGUUGCUCGAUAGCCAAUCGACUGAAGAGACAGCGCAGUGGAGCCUCCAGUGUUCACUGCAGCGUUCUUUAUCGUGUGAAUAAUGUGAUAUUCGUUAAGAACAGCGUUGCCGGAACUCAUAAUGUCGGACAAGUGCGUUCGUGGUGGCUCGUCAGAGCCAUCUCCACCAGCAGCUCCAGGCUGCUCAUUCCGCUCCUCUGAUCCCUCGCCAUCUCCCUGUCUAUCGAGCUGCUGCAGCUCGAUUUC